UCCGCGGCAAAGCUCUCAAAGCUCCGCGCCCCUUCAGUCCGCCGGCGGCAGUCGACCGGCGAGUACGUGCCGCCCGUGACGCCCUCCCGCGGAAACUUUACGCGAGUGCAGUGACAGUGAGUGAGCAUGCCCGCCCGCGCCGUGGCCCUCCUAGCCACCGCGGCCCUCGCGCUCGCCGCCACCCCGCCCGACCCCUGCAUGGAGGAUGGCCGCCCGCGCCGCUGCAUCCCCGACUUCGUCAACGCUGCUUUCGGGGCCCCCGUGGUCGCCUCCUCCAUUUGCGGAAGACGAGGACCCGAGCGUCUCUGUGAUCCUCCCGGCGAUCAGCCCCCCGAAAAUUCUUGCAGAGUAUGCGAUGCCGCUAGAUCUGAUCGCCGACACCCGCCGACUCAUCUCACCGACCUGAACAACCCCAACGACGUGACGUGCUGGCGAUCCGCGCCGAUCCCGCCGACCUCGUACGACUCGCCACCCGACAACGUCUCGCUGACUCUAUCACUGGGCAAGAAGUAUGAGCUAACUUACGUGAGUCUGCAGUUCUGUCCGAAAGCCGCUCGUCCUGACUCCGUCGCUAUCUACAAGAGCGCGGACAACGGCGUCACCUGGCAACCCUUCCAGUUCUACUCGAGUCAGUGCAGGCGAGUGUACGGUCGGCAGAACAAGGCGACCGUUACUGCUGCUAACGAGCAAGAGGCCAGGUGCUCUGACAGUCACAGGUUGACUGGGGAGAGCUCUGGAGGAGCUCGUCUUGCGUUCAGUACUCUGGAAGGUCGGCCCAGCGCUGCUAACUUUGACAUUUCGCCUGUGCUGCAAGACUGGGUGACGGCGACGGACGUGCGGGUGGUGUUCAACCGGCUGCACAUGGUGAGCGAGGGCGACGAGGUGGAUAGCAAGAAGCAGGCGGCGCCGGGCGCGCAGCAUUACGCGGUGUCGGACUUCGCGGUGGGCGGGCGCUGCAAGUGCAACGGGCACGCGUCGCGCUGCGUGCCGCUGAAGGGCGAGGCUGCCGGCGGCGUGACGCAGCUCACCUGCGAGUGCAAGCACAACACGGCGGGCCGCGACUGCGAGCGCUGCAAGCCCUUCCACUUCGACCGGCCCUGGGGACGCGCCACCGCCAGGGACGCCAACGAGUGCAAAGAAUGCAACUGCAACGGUCACGCUCGUCGCUGCCGGUUCAACAUGGAGCUCUACAAGCUGUCUGGCCGCGCCUCCGGGGGCGUCUGCCUCAAGUGCCGGCACUAUACCGCCGGCAGGCACUGCCAUUACUGCAGGGAAGGAUACUACAGAGACCCUACCAAGCCUAUUACCCAUAAGAAAGCUUGUAAACCCUGCGACUGUCACCCAGUGGGCGCGAGCGGUAAGACCUGCAACCAGACGAGCGGCCAGUGCCCCUGCAAGGACGGAGUCACCGGGACCACCUGCAACCGCUGCGCCAAGGGCUACCAGCAGUCCAGGAGUCAUAUCGCACCUUGUAUACGUAUACCCCGAGUGGUGACUGCAGUGCAAGCCAUGGAGGCGGUGGACGGUGACCCGGGCCGCGCCACGGAGCAGUGCGGCCGGUGUCGCGCCGCCGCUCGCACGCUAAAUCUCAACAAGUUCUGCAGCCGAGACUACGUCAUAAUGGGCAAGGUGGUGGGCCGCGAGGCGAGCGCGGCGGGCGACCAGUGGGUGCGCCUGGCGCUGAGCGUGCAGGCGGUGUACAAGCGCGCGCCGCGCAGCCGCCUGCGCCGCGGCGGCACCGCCCUGCACGUGCGCGCCGCGGACCUCGCCUGCAAGUGCCCUAAGAUCAAGAUUAACAAGUCGUACCUAAUCCUAGGAGUGGAAAAAGAGGGUGUGUCAAGUGGUUUGCCGGGGCUGACAGUCGGCGAGAGGACACUAUUACUGGAGUGGCGCGACGACUGGCACCGACGCAUCCGCCGACUUCAGCGGCGCGCGAUCAACUGCCACUAGCGGCCCGCCAUCUUGGAAUAGUGGGGAUAAAGCAACCAAUGAGAGCGCUCCGCUCUCGUCGUAAUCCGUCGUUGCAAACAUACGUGAAUUGAUAAACGUAGUUGUUUUAACUGUUACUGCCAUAUACGUGCUGUCUUUAUAAAUUCAUAUUACAUUAACUGUAUCAGGGAUGAAUGUUGAUAUAUCGUAAGACUGAUUGUAAUCUCUCUGCAAUACAUCUUCGUGUAUCUUUAAGGUGUCUUAGGUCUUUAUGUCAGUCCCGUUAGUGUGUCGUCAUCCUUUGUUAGCUAAUAACUGUUAAACAGAAGUACUGUCAUAGUGAAAAGCUUUAUACAAUUAUUGAAUACAUAUUUACUUUUGAUUUCAUAUAUUUCUUUAAUACUAUACCUAGUAGGUAUCAAGAUAGCGUUUCGGAAAAGAGCCUAAUUUUACAUUCUAAUGACUUAUUUAUUGCCAAACUUAGGCCUAAUCAAACACCUCCAACUUCAAUCUAGAUCUUAAAGAAUAAAUAACUUAACAUACUUAAUCAAUAGACUCUUGUCAUAGUUAGAUUUUGGCACUUCAUAUAGCCUUUAUCAAUAUAAAUAUACUUAAAUAUAAAGUUGUCCAUUUUGAUCCAACAUUCAUUCCUGAGCACUCGAACGUUUACCUAGUCCGUUUUAGGAAUAACGUUAUUGAUAACUAAUAACUGUAGUUUCACUGUUACUUACGACAAGGUUUUAUGCCAAAAAUGCAAGAGACUAUUGUGGCGCGCGAAAUUUGGUCCUUUUGUACGAACAGAAUUCGAAAAAUAAAAAUAAAAAGCAACAAAAAUAAAGAAGACUUUUGGGAUCUGGAGUCGAAAGGACCAAAUCAUGUACGUCACAAUCUACAUGAAGAAAAAACUUCGAAAUUUUCCCCAUCCUAGGAUUUCGUUGAACAAAAAUGUACAUUAUUAUUAUUAUUUAUUUUGAAUAGUUUAAUUUUAUAAGGCAAAACUUAAUUGUAUCGUUCCAUUUCUUGCAUUUUUUGUAUAAUUGUUAUUUUAUAUUGAAAAUGCUAAUGUUGAUAUUGUUUUUAUGUGCUGUGGCUGCAUGACAUCAUGGUGUCUGUCCAACUUUGUAAAAAAGCAGAAUUUGAAUAUUUGAAAAAUACUCUUUAUUAUUUUAAAGAGUAUUUAUUUCUAUUUAUUUAAAAAAAAAAAAAAAAACAAUAAAAAGUAACAAAACCAUGACAGUUUAAAGUGACAUUUGUGUCAUGUCAGUUUGACAGAUGACGUGAGUUGUGUGCGCGAUUGUACUCGUUAGAUGUAGGACACAUUCGAAGAUGAAUCACCACAUAGUCACAAUGGUUUAACGUACCUCAUUUAUAUUAUAAAUCUUAUCACUAAGGUUAAGUGUUUAAUUUAUAUCGUUAGCGCUUAGAUUUUAUACACAUUAAGCUAAAAAUAUCAAUCUCUCUAUGUGUUCGUAAUUUUUCUCUUUUUUUAUUUUUCUGUAAAUUAAAUGAUUUAAAUAUUAGAUCUUGCCAAAGUAACAUUUUUAUUUUGUAUAGAGUACUAAGUUUCCUCUGUAUAAUAUCUUCUGUGUUGAGGAUAUAACUUGAACAAAUUGCGUCGCCUAACUAAGGUAUGUACAGUAUUACUAGCUUUACUAAGGAAAAUAAUAAUAAGAAUCUUUUGGUUUUUGAAAAAGUACAAUCGGGAAAAAAGUUAUUCAUAUAAAAAAAUACAUUACGCAACUCUAAAAGAAUUUCUCAUUGUUGCUUGGAGUACAAAAAAAAACAUAAUUUAUCUCCAGAAGAACCAUACAAUACACAAAAGCUAUUCAUUCAUAACAAAAAAAAAUAUGAACAUCUCAAUCGAGAAAUAAAGUCAGAAAGUAUGCGUAAUCAUGUCCAAUUGAUCUGUCAAAGUUAUUUAUGCUAUCUGUGCGGCCGCCAUCUUUACAAUGGCAUAAAUCAACGUGAACGCAACAUUUUACAAUAAUCAAUGUUACCGGUUGAACGGACAGACUAAAUUGCCUGAAAACGCUGUUAUAAAAAGUAAUAAAAAAUGAAAUAUUUCCAUAAUGUUUUUAUGUUGUAAUUUAGGUACAAACUCUUCUGAUUCACAUUUGAAUGGCCACAGUAUAUACUCAGCAUUUAUAAAAUCAUAAUACUUUUUCAAAAAACAAAAGAACGUAAUCUAUAGAUAAAAUAAAUAUUUAAAAAACGACUUAGAAGUUUCGCUUGAACGUACUACGGAUUGUAAAAAGUGUAUUUAGUUGUAGAUUGAACUAUUAACCUGUUUCUAGUUAUGCAUAUCUUUAGAUUUCAUAAUUUGUAUAUUUCAAAUUAUAAUUUGGCUCUAUAGACUGUAAUCUUUAUACUUUAGCUGCUAAUAAAAAAAACACACAAAUGUCAAUUUAGUAACGAUGUUCUUUUUUCAAAGUUUACCUAAAUAAUUAUUACGCGCCAAAUUAUAAUUUAAAAUGUCGAAAAUAUAUUAAUAUCUGAACGUAAUUGUAUUUAUAGCAUAGUCAGUUUGUAUUUUUACUGAAUUUAAUAAUAUAUGUGAAUAUUGUUUUAUUUUCCAGUUUAUUUAUUCAAGGUGGUAACAAUGGCGUACAAUCAACCAAUAAAAUGAAUUAAAAAAAACUACAAAUAAUCAUGAAAAUAUUACCACCACUUUUGACCGAUCAUUCCUACAAUAAUAAUGGGAACAAAUAUAAUGACCACCAUAAAAUGCUUUGAUACCCUUAGUUUUGCAACCAGAAAAAUCUACUGAACACCAGAAAAAUAAAGUCUAAAAAUGUAAUAGUACCAGCUAUUUUAGUCACGACUUCACUUUAAAUUGUAUUCGACCACCAAAUUUAGUAAAUGAUCACCAACCCUUGACGACCAAAUUAAUAUAUUAUUUUUGCCUAAAUAAGUCACUGUGAUUGCCAUAAAAUGUAGGCUUAUUAUCAAACAAAGUAUUAUGAUGCCAUAUUAAGUUAUGUGUCCGGCUUGCAAUGCAUGCGUGAGUGUCAGUAUGACGAGUGACAGGGGAAAAUGGAAGAAAAUGACAUAUUGCGCCGACCCCAAGUAAAAUUGGGAACAGGGCAGGAGAAGGAGAAGAAGAAGAAUGUGUUUCUCAAUACACUCCCUCGAAAACACACUCUUAUCGCACUGUUUAGAGGCAUGCAAUAGACAAUUUUCCACCCUAGUGCAGGAAAAGGGUCCCCAUAAUGUUAUUACAUUUAUUGUAUCAGGCCGAACUUAUUUUUUUGGAGUCAGUUUACUUAAACAGGAUAGCAAGAUGUAAAAACUUUGAUUAUCAUUUUAUAUUAAAAAGCUGGUAUAAUUUUGAUGAUCAUUCACUACUUUUGGUGAUCAUUUACUACUUUUGGGAUAACAAUGAUUUAUUUGGACUCAUUUUGCUUAAAUAGGAUAGCAGAAUGUAAAAACUUUGGUUAUCAUUUUACUUUAAAAUGGUGGUUUAAUUUUGGUGAUCAUUUACUAUUUUUGGCUUGCGCAUGAUUUAUUUUGGAGUAAUUUCACUUAAAUAGGAUAGCAAAGUGUUAAAACUUUGGUUAUCAUUUUACAUUAAAAUGCGAGUUUCAUUUUGGUGAUCAUUUACUAUUUUUGUCUGCUAUUUGUUACUAUUUCUGGUGAUCAGUUAAACAUAAGCCAAUAAUAAUUACCAAUAAUACGAAAACAUCCAGAACGAUCAUUGAAUAAUAAACUUAAUUUGUCUUAUUUUAUAUGCAAGCACGGUCUUCAACCCUCUCUAUAAUUAUUUAUAUCGGUUUAAUGAAUAAAUUACUUAUUAUUAACGCACAAAUAAGGCCUAUUAAGCUUACUGUCGCGAAAUUAAAUUAAAUACAUAUGUUUAUUUGGCGACAAGUACUGUUAUAAAUAGUAUAAUAUUCAUUUAGUUAUACUUAUUUAUAUUUUAAGGGAUGUCAAUUGAAUUUAGGAAAGCGCGCGAAGGUUUUGUCUCCGACCAUAGAUUCAAAAUGGCCGAUGUUCUGUCUAUGGUCUGUGAAACUUUUGGCGCGCAAUCGAAUUGUGUUUUCAAGAUACCCUGCUCCUGUGAUGUAAUAAAUGUUAUUGGUUAUAUUUAUUUAAAAAUAAAAGUACAUUAAUAUACGUA